AUGAAGCCAGGUGAGGCCCCAGACCGGUGCGUGGGGGCGUGUCCGCACAGCUCUGGUCCUCCAGCCCUCACUCUGUCCUCCUGUGACUCUGAAACAGCUGGGGGCCGCCUGCUCCUCCUGCUGCUGCUGGCCGCGGUGCUGACGGGAACCCGCGCUCAUCCUGUGCCUGGGGCCACCAGGCUCCCACCAGAUGCAAAAAAAUGCCACCUCUCCCGGUUCAAGUCUCUGGCCCCGCAAGAGCUGCAGGCCUUCAAGAAGGCCAAGGAUGCCAUAGAAGAGUGGCUGCUCGAGAAAGAUGUCAAGUGCAGCUCCCGCCUCUUCCCCAGGGGCUGGGACCUACAGCAGCUGCAGGUCCAGGAGCGCCCCAAGGCCCUGCAGGCUGAGCUGGCCCUGACACUGGAGGUCCUGGAGAACGUGACUGACUCAGCCCUGGGCCCCAUCCUGCACCAGCCUCUUCACACACUGCGCCACAUCAAGUCCCAGCUGCAGGCCUGUACACAGCCUCAGCCCACAGCAGAGCCCAAGUCCCCUAGUCACCGCCUCUCCCGCUGGCUGCACAGGCUCCAGGAGGCCCAGGAGAAGGAGACCCCCGGCUGCCUGGAGGCCUCUGUCACUUUCAACCUCUUCUGCCUGCUCAUCCGGGACCUGGAGUGUGUGGCCAGGGGAGAUCAGUGUGUGUGA